CCUCUCUCCCUCUUUUUCUCUCUUCAUAUAUAUAAACCUCGUUAAUCGCUCUCUGUCUCACUUCUAACAAGCUCCUUCUUUUCUCUCUCUCUUUCUGUCUUCAGUACCUUUAAUUAGUAAUUCCUUUGCGUUGAGAGAAGAAGAAGAAGGAGGAGGAGGAGGAAAUGGUGAAGUUCUCAAAGGAGCUUGAAGCUCAACUCAUCCCAGAAUGGAAGGAAGCUUUUGUUAACUACUGGCAACUCAAAAAACACAUAAAGAAGAUCAAACUAUCCAAAAAACCCCAACAACCUAAUAAACAUGAUUUUGGUCUCUCCAUUUUCGACUUCAUUCCAUCCUUCCCUAUUAAAUUCUCCCUCAAUUUCUUCCGUUCCGAUACCAAAACUGAGAUCAUUCAGGUGAGAAGCAAAACCAUGGAUGACGAUGAUGGUGAAAUCUACCAUACUGAGCUUCUCCAGUUGUUCUUCCAGGAAGAUGAGAUAAGGGUGUUUUUUGAGAGACUAGAUGAAGAACUGAACAAAGUGAACCAGUUUUACAAGGCUACAGAAAGUGAGUUUCUUCAGAGAGGAGAGCUUCUCAACAAGCAGCUACAGAUUUUGUUUGAUCUUAAGCAAGUCCUCAACAACCGCCGCCGGAAGCCCGUCGACACCGGAGUUUUUAAUCCUUCUUCUUGGUCAUCUUCCCACCGCAACCCUGGGACCAUCAAGGAAUCAAAUGACAACUCUGGAGAAUCCUCAGAAACUGAUGAAAUAAUCGCAGUACUGGAGAAAAAUGGAGUGAAUUUAAUAAAUUCAGCGACAAGGUCGAAAACAAAGAAAGGGAAUCAUAAAAAAAUGGCCCUGAGAAUCGACAUCCCUGCUUCAACACCAAGAAGAACAAUCUCAGCAUUUGCUUCAAUGCUCUGCUGGGAAGAUUUGUUUAAUAAUCCACAAAACGCAGCAGCUCCUCAACAUCUCAUUAACAAGAAGAAGAUCCAGUAUGCUGAGAAGAUGAUUAGAGGAGGAUUUGUGGAGCUCUAUAGAGGCCUUCAACUCCUAAAAACUUACAGCUCUCUCAACAUGGUGGCUUUUACCAAAAUACUCAAGAAAUUUGACAAGGUAUCAAACCAGCAGACAUCAGCAAGUUAUCUAAAAGCAGUGAAGAGAUCCCACUUCAUUAGCUCUGAUAAGGUUGUUAGACUAAUGGAUGAAGUGGAGUCCCUAUUCACAAAGCACUUCUCCAACAAUGACAGGAAAAAGGCAAUGAAGUUCCUCAGACCCCAGCAGCGCAAGGAGUCUCACAUGGUCACCUUUCUUAUAGGCUUAUCUACUGGUUGUUUCCUCUCUCUCUUUAGUGUAUAUGCAUUCUUGGCAUACAUGGCUGGCAUUUUUAGCCCCAACGUUAGAAGAUCAUAUGUGGAGACUAUCUACCCUGUUUUCAGUGUGUUUGCCUUGUUAAGCUUGCAUUUGUUCAUGUAUGGCUGCAACCUUUUCAUGUGGAAGAGUACAAGGAUCAACUACAAUUUCAUUUUUGAAUUUCAACCCAGCACUGCUCUCAAGUACAGAGACGCCUUCCUCAUUAGUACCACUUUAAUGACCUCUGUUGUUGCUGCUUUGAUAAUCCAUCUUCUAUUAAGGGCUAGUGGCUUUUCGCCAAGCCAUGUUGAUGCCAUUCCUGGAGUCCUCUUCCUAAUUUUCAUGGCCUUGCUCAUCUGCCCAUUUGAUUUCUUCUAUCGCCCAACGCGUUACUGCUUCAUUCGUGUUAUUCGCAACAUUAUCUGCUCUCCACUUUAUAAAGUUCUGAUGGUGGACUUUUUCAUGGCAGACCAACUUACCAGCCAGAUUCCACUAAUGAGGCAUUUGGAAUCCAUGGCAUGCUACCUCCUAGCUGGGACUUUUCGAACACAUAGAUACGCAACCUGCAACAGUGGAAGGCUAUAUAUGGAGCUAGCUUAUGUCAUUUCGUUUCUGCCAUACUAUUGGCGAGCAAUGCAGUGUGCAAGACGAUGGUUUGAUGAAAGUGAUGUGAACCAUUUAAAAAACAUGGGGAAGUAUGUUUCUGCCAUGGUGGCGGCCGGCGCGAGGCUAACUUAUUCUAGGCAGGAGAAUUACUUAUGGUUUUGUAUAGUGUUGGUCUCUUCUGCAGUUGCUACAGUUUAUCAGUUGUACUGGGAUUUUGUCAAGGAUUGGGGCCUUCUCAACCCAAAAUCCAAGAACCCAUGGCUAAGAGACGACUUGAUUCUAAAGAACAAGAGCAUCUACUACAUUUCCAUUGCCUUGAACAUAGUUCUGAGAGUUGUUUGGGUGGAGACUAUGAUGCAGUUCCGUUUCAAUAUUGUUGAGUCAAGGAUGUUGGACUUUUUCUUGGCUUCUUUAGAGGUUAUUCGGCGAGGCCAUUGGAACUUCUACAGGUUGGAGAACGAGCAUCUGAACAACGUUGGCAAGUUCAGGGCAGUGAAGACAGUUCCCUUACCUUUCCGAGAGACAGAUUCAGAUGGCUAAAGGCUGGAUUAUAUUCAACAAAAUUUAAUACAAGUCCCUGACAGUUUCAUCUUGUGUAAACUCCCUAGCAUGCUGACAUUAAGGCGCUUUCAGUACUUUGCUGCUAUAAUUAGACUGGGAUCCACAACAAAUAAGGAAAAAAUAGUGUGAUUAUCCUUCUCAUUCUUCAGAGAUUCAAUCAAGUUCAAAUUGUACAGCCCCCAAGUUUAUUGAAGAAAGAAAGCAUCAAAUAACAUGUUGAGUUUUGUAAAUUUGGAAACUCUAAUUUCAAUUCAAUUAUUUCCUUUAUCCCUUGAAUAGAUGAACUGGAAGAAUUUGAUAGAAGAUCAAAUGUCAGAUGUAAAAAUAGUUGAAAAUUUUAGCAGUAGAAUUUUGAUCUAUCAGUAUUA